UUUGACAUACUUUGUUCUUGUUGUGAGAGUGCCCGAACAUUGUACAUCUCUAAUAGCAUUGUGCAAAUGCGGAGAAGAAAUAAAAGACUAAUCCCAAGUUAGUCAAUUGAUUUUCAGCUGUUGUCGCAAUAAAUAAUUCUGCCUAUAACUUCUAGUUCUUGCCUGCAUUCAGCGAAAAUGACAAGCAUGCCUGAGGAGAGCUUAACAGUUGACACCAAACCGUCUAGAAGGAAAAAAAUCAUAAAUUAUGUAAUUUCUGAUUCGGAGUCUGAUUUAGAAAAUGAUGUAGAAAUGCAGACAAAUCUACUGCAAGAGGAGUCUAAUACCAUCUCUGUAAAACCCACAAGGAAAAGGAAAGUGGUUAAAGAAGAAUCUGAUGUAGAACGACUGUCAGAUGAGGACCCAACUUUUGAACCUUCCCCGAAAAAGUUCAAAACAGCAGUGAAAAAUGCAAACAAAAUUAAAAAAGAAGCCAAGUCCUCAUGUUCAGGAGCGACUGCCAGUGAACAAAAUCAAAAGUCAAAAGUAAAAAAGAAAGGAGAAAAUGCAGAAGAAAAGCAACUCAAGUCAGUUACUGUGAAAAAGUUAGCCGAUUCGCAGAAAAAGAAGGCAGCAUCAAAGUCCGCACACCAGGACUCUGCUUCUUUGUGGCAUCCUGCAACAGAAAUUGCCUCCCAAUUGAAUCUUGAUUUAGACGUGUCUUUUACCAUUACUCGCUUGUUCGAGGAAGGGAACACAAUUCCGUUCCUAGCUAGAUAUCGGCGAAAUUUGAUUGGAGACUGCGAUGCUGAAAAAUUGAGAUCUGUGAAAGCCAUGCAUGAUUAUUUAAAACAAGUACAAGUUAGAGCUGCAGCUGUUGUCAAACUGAUUGAAAAAAAGAAUAAACUCCCUCCGGAAACAAGAAAUGUUAUUUUAAAUGCUCGCAGUCUGGAAGAAGUAGAGUUUCUUUAUUCACCAUACAAAGCUGAUGGAAGAGUCACAAAAGCUCAAAAAGCAAGGAAACUUGGUUUGGAGCCAUUUGCUGUUGCUGUUCUAGAAGGCGCACCGAAUGCAACUUUUGAGCAUCUCACCAACUUCAUCAGACCUGAAUUACCCUCCAAGAAGGAGGUUCUUGAAGGUGUUCAACACAUUAUUGCAGAUGUCAUCAGUAAGAAUAAGGAGAUAAUUGAUGAACUAAGGGAAUUACAAGGUCGUUCCAGAAUUUUUAUUCAAUGCUCCGAAACAAAAAAGACUAAGGACAGUGACAAAAAAGGAAAAGGAAACGUAGAUGACCGGGAACGUAUUAAAUAUCAGAAUUUUUUCAACUUUAAUCGCGAUGUUCAGCAUGUUCAACCUCAUCAGAUACUAGCAAUCAAUAGAGCUGAAAAUUUGAAAUUUCUGUCGGUCAAGAUUGUUCUACCCGAUGACUUUUUAUGCAAUAGGUUGUUCAGGGUUUGUGAAAACAUUUGGUUGCGGAAUAAUACCAGUAAUCACCUAAGGAAAAGUCUCAUUAAUGACAGUUUCACAGACGCUUAUAAUCGAUUAAUGGCACCUUAUCUGAAGAGGAAUGUGAGGUCGAAGUUAAAUUUAAAAGCACAGCAAGAAGCCAUUGUUGUAUUUGCUACCAAUUUGAAGAACUUACUCCUCUCACCUCCAUUGAGAGGAAAAAAGAUUUUAGCGGUUGAUCCAGGUUUUACUCAUGGUUGCAAAUUUGCAUUUAUUGAUGCGACUGGAGCAGUUCUGCAUUUGGAAACAUUGUAUCUUAAUAAUCGUAAUGGGAAACAAGCAUUAAAUGAUAGUGAUGUUAGGAAAUUAAGAAAAUUAAUGGUAGAGUUCAACUGUGAUACUGUAGGAAUAGGUAAUGGUAAAGGAUGUAGGGAAAUUGAAGCUCAUCUGGGCAAGCUUAUCAAAGAAGGUUUCUUCGCACCAGAGCUAGAUGUAAGCUAUACCAUAGUCAACGAGCAAGGUGCCUCAAUUUACAGCGUUAGUGAAGAAGCAAAACAAGAAUUUCCAGACACGGAUCCAAAUUUAGUCAGUGCAGUUUCAAUUGGUAGAAGACUACAGGAUCCGUUAAGUGAGCUGGUCAAAAUUGAGCCGAAACAUCUCGGUGUAGGCAUGUACCAGUUGGAUGUGAAUGACAAACUUUUGGAAUCGACCCUGAAUGAAAUUGUUAUUGAGUGUGUCAGUUUUGUAGGUGUGGAUAUCAACACUGCAUCAAUAGCUGUCCUUAGGAAAUUAUCAGGUCUAAAUCAGGCGAGAGCUAGUGAAAUUAUCGAAUGGCGGAAAAAGAAUGGAACAUUUUUAAAUCGCUGCAUGUUGAAGGAGGUCAAAGGUAUUGGCGACAAAACUUUUGAACAGUGCGCAGGCUUUAUUCGGAUUGUUCCACAAACAGCAAAAUCAGAUGGGCCUAAAGGAGGAAAAUUAGCUAAGAGUGAUCAAAAAUUAAACCCAUUGGACCAAACGCUAAUCCACCCUGAGUCGUAUCCAGUAGCUCAUAAAUUUUGCAAGCAGUUAAGUCUAAAUCUUGAGGAUCUUGGUACAGACAGAUUUAUCCAGGAAGUUAAAAAUGCUGUAUCAAAGAUAAAUAUAAAAGACACCGCGGAAAAGUUGGGUGCAGAUGUGAAAAACGUCGAACUCAUCAUCACAGGGCUGACAAAACCAUUAGAUCACGAUCUUCGGGCUGAAUUUGCCACGCCAUUAUUCAAGAAAGGACUCAUGUCCAUGGAAGAUUUAACUGCAGGCACCAUUUUGACUGGCCGGAUUACCAAUGUGACCAGUUUUGGUUCAUUUGUCGAUAUCGGAGUCAAUCAAGAUGGUCUAAUUCACAUCAGUAAAUACUCUGGUUUUUCACCUCAACUGGGCAACCGUGUCGAAGUUAAAGUUGAAAAUGUUGACGUGGCAAGGAAAAGAAUUUCUCUCCUUCUAGUGCGGAUUUUGUGAGUUCAGUGACAGUACUUUUUUCCCCAUUUCUUUUCACUGAUACUCAUAAUGUGUCUCACUGCUGACUGAUUAAGUGUCAAUUCCUUUUCAAAAUGGACUGACGAUGUUAAUGAUUUAAAAGUUAGUCUAAUAUAUACCCUAUCAUUAUUUUGUUAAAAGUUAUCUAGCCUAAAGAAAUUUAGCUAGUAAAAAUAAAAGCAACCAAGCCUUAAAUGUUGAAAAGUUGACUUAUUGGCUCUUUAUCGUUCAAUUUAUUUUUAUUAGCACGUCUUAUUUAAAUUGUCCGAUGUGAUAUUCCAAAUUUGUUUAUUGGAUUCUCUGUGUCCCUAUUUAUUGUAAAAUGUAUUUAUGCCACCAAGUUCCUUGCAUUAAGUUAUUAUAAUGACUUUAACUAGUCUUUGAUUAAAGACUACCUAUCUCUUCUUCUAUUGUUCUUCAUGUACCACGAAAUUUCCUAGAACUCCAAGUAUUUUUUUUCUUUCUUUCAUAAAUAUUGGAUAAAAAUACAGAGUUCAUACAUUAGGUUUUUUUUAUAUUCUUGUAGUUACAAAGGAAUUAAAAGUUCUGUCCAUCCUUAAUUCCAUUCACAUCAGAGAAUAGAGGAGAGCAUUUUUCUGUGAUUUUAUGAAACAAUAUUAAGCUAUCAAUUUUGUAUCAUAUGUUUAAAAUAUUCGAGCCCCUUAUCUUGUAUUCCAGAAUAGUUUAAGUACCUGAGCAACAAAAAUGUUUCAUUAACUUUGUUCAAUAUUUGAUGUGAUUCUUGUUCAAGGUACCUGUCAGUGUAUCUUUGUAAUUCCGUUGAUUGUAGAGACAAGUAUUUUUGGCCCAAAAAGGAUUUAAGUAUUUGCAUUUUGCCUUGUAGAAGAAUUUUUAAAGAGAAGGAGACUAUUUUUGAAAAAUAUUCAUGUACUGACUUGUUUUGUUGUUUGGGAGUAUUCAGAAAAGGAAAUUGUUAGUAGAAAGUUUUGCAGAAGGAAAUAAAUUGCAAAUAAAAGUCUCAACAAUUAAUUGGCUGUAUUUUGCUGACAAAAAGCCUACUUAUUUUUCAUACCUAGUCCUAAUUUUCUUCUUUUUUUGUAAAGUUACCUCUGUAUUCAACUUUCCUUCAUUGAAA